AUGACUAUUAAAACUAGCUAAUCACCUUCUCCCUCUAUCAAUUCUUUUAAUAAAUAGAUUAAUAAGUAAAUACAAACAAUAUCCAAAGAUAGAAACCACAAGAAAAAAAGCUAUUACAAUAAUGUUGAAGAAUAGAAAAUAAAAUAAAUUUCCAAAGUAAGUAAAGACCAUUUAUACAUGGGCGAUUUAAUAACUAAUCUUAAUCCUGAUGAACUAAUUUACAUAUUGAAUUAAUAUCCCUCCUUUUCUAUCUAAGAAGAAUUCCCAUACUAAUACACUGCUUAAUACUAAAAAAAUGUUAUCGACUUUGAUUUUGAUGAAGAGACAGAUGAAUUAAUUUAAGUUUAAAAUUAAAUUACUAUUAAAAUUAGGUUUGAAAUUAAGUAAAUAAGUGAAUGCUCUACUCAAUUUACAAUUUUAUUUUAAAAUAUAUCCAAAUAAUACGAUAUUGAAUAUUAAAAUCUCAAAGCUGAUUUAAUUUAAAAUAUUAUUUCUUUUUGA